CUUGCCUCCUAGCUACUGGUGUUAUAGUUAGCAAAUACUACUUGGAUCAGCAGUACACACUUGACGAUCCUACUACGAUACUAACCUAUAUAUAACUAUCAACCCCCUCCUUCCCCGCCUCGAAAAGCCAACCCUUUCCUCCCAGCCUCACCUUUACAGCAAACGAAAGCACUACAGCAUGUCAGUCUGGGGACGAAGCAGCGACAUCCACAUCGGCACGAGCUCCCGCAGUUCCCUCUCGAGAGCCAUUUUUCCACGCGUUCGCCCAUCACUCCGCCCACCCGAUCGGCCCAUCGCCAUCCGAAGGGAAUCGAUCACGACGUCGAAGACGACGCUCGUCCUGAAAACCGUGGGCAACGCGAAGUCGGCCGUCGCAUACCGUAUCACGCACGAUGACGAUGACGGGAUAAUCGAGUUCACCGUAUCCGGGAGCGAAUACGGCGAGCGGCGCUCGUGUCGCGAAUUUCGCGACGCCUCGGGACUGCCGCUGUUCGAGCUGCACCGGCGGGUGUCGCUGCGCCAUAUGUGGGCCGUGACGCUGCCGGGCGGCAGCCGCAGUACCAGGGGCGACGAUCCUGCAUAUCUGGGGAGUGGUUCUCCGCGCGGGGUCUGGGGUGCGUCGGCUGUGGGGAACUUCAGCUUUUCGUUGAGGAAUACGGCGGCGGAGGAUGCGAAGACGGAGGAUGAUAAGAAGGUUUCAUUGAAAAUUGAGCGUUAUGGGAAUGUGCUGGCGUCGUUUGAUGUCGUUGAUGGGGAUCGCAAGGUUAUUGAAGUGCGGCAGAGUGUUAAGCAUAAUCAGCGAAUAGCUUUGCGCUCGAGCUCGAAGGAUGGGUAUCGACCGGCGUUGGAUAUCAUUGUUACUUCAGGGGUGGAUCUGUCUGUGGCUGCGAUAAUUGCUACGAUUGCGGCGGAUUGGGUUUGGGGGGGAUCAUAAAGAGCGCAUGGAAUUGAUUUUUAUAGAUGCAUAAUCACUAGCAUACUGCUUUUCUUUAACUUAUCAAGUGUCUUAUAAGGUUCAAUGUUAGAAGACUGAUUAAGA